UCUGGUCCGUCUGUUGAUGGUGUUGGUGUUGAUGAGGUUGCGACCCCGCCCUCCGUCAAUUAGACCUAAGGCGGACACAAAUAAUUUGGAGCGGACAAAGGGGAGGACACUCUAAAAAGCAGUCACGUGUUUAAUUUUUCCCUUUCUGGGUUCGGUCGUCCUCGCCAACUCUUUCUUCUCAGUCAUCAGGCUAGACACACCCAAAGCGCGCGAUCGGAUAUGGCAGCGCUCCGGCUUCCGGUAUCCUGCCUCAAGGGCAAAGCAAGGGCAACGGGCAUCGAAGCCCUUUCACUGUCCCUAGCUCCGACACGGCGGUCCAUCUCUUCGACGGUGUCUUCCAAGGGCCCUUCGUCAUCGCCUUCGUCUUCCUCCUCUUCUUCCACAGCAAGCGCGUCGACUGUAACUCCUCCGCCUCCAUCUGCGGCUGUGGCAGCCCCGCCCGCGCUGGUCGAGUCGACCUCGUCGGCCCUGGACCUCCUCCGCAGCCAGCCGAACCACUACAUUGUCGCCUCGAUCGCCGGCCGCACGCUCCUCAUGCACCCCAACGACCUCGUCACGCUCCCCCGCCUCAACGACGUUCAGGUCGGAGACGUGCUCGAGCUCGACCGCAUCCACGAGGUCGGCUCGCGCGACUACACGCUCCGCGCCAUGGACCCCCUCGACACGCGGUCUCGGGGUGCCGUGGGCCUCAUGCGCCGGCAGGUUGGCUCUGACUCGGCCAUUGUCCGUGCGCUUCAGUCCGUCGGCGCUGAUGUUGACUCGCUCAAAAUGUCGUCAUCGUGGGCCGCCAAGCUGGCGCCCUCGGGCUUGGCCCACGUCGGUGCCACGCUAGACCCGGCCACCGUCCGGGCCAGGGCCGUCGUGGUGGAGCACACAAAGGGCCGCAUGGAGCACAUUGUGAAAAAGAAGCGCAGAAAGGGCUACCGAAAGACAAUCAAGCACAAGCAGACGUACACCCGCCUCCGAAUCGAGGGCAUCCAGCUCGGUUCUUAGAUCGGUCCGUGUUCCUGUUGUACAAUAGUCCUAUCUCUACACUGUUGAAUAAAACAAGAAAGGGGAAAGAGAAGGAACAGUCACUUGAAAACGGCAAUGAGAAAGACGA